AUGGCGUAUUAUUCUAUUUUUAAACGGUCAUGGCGUAAAACCGUCGCAUCCCUAGAUGGCGAAGCCGCUCUUUAUGUUGCAGCAAUUUAUAAUAGUAAAGAAACAGCCGAACUUCUUAUUUCACAUGGCGCAGAUAUCAAUGAAAAAUAUAAAGAUGGAUAUACCGCUCUUUAUGUUGCAGCAAUUUAUAAUAGUAAAGAAACAGCCGAACUUCUUAUUUCACAUGGCGCAGAUAUCAAUGAAAAAUAUAAAGAUGGAGAUACUGCUCUUUAUGUUGCAGCAAUUUAUAAUAGUAAAGAAACAGCCGAACUUCUUAUUUCACAUGGCGCAGAUAUCAAUGAAAAAUAUAAAGAUGGAGAUACUGCUCUUUAUGUUGCAGCAAUUUAUAAUAGUAAAGAAACAGCCGAACUUCUUAUUUCACAUGGCACAGAUAUCAAUGAAAAAUAUAAAGAUGGAGAUACUGCUCUUCAUAUAGCAAUAUCGCAUGAUAACAAAGAAACAGCCGAACUUCUUAUUUCACAUGGUGCAAAUAUCAAUGAAAAAAAUAAAAAUGGAAAAACUGCUCUUCAUACAGCAAUAUCGCAUGAUAACAAAGAAACAGCCGAACUUCUUAUUUCACAUGGUGCAAAUAUCAAUGAAAAAAAUAAAAAUGGAAAAACUGCUCUUCAUAUAGCAAUAUCGCAUGAUAACAAAGAAACAGCCGAACUUCUUAUUUCACAUGGUGCAAAUAUCAAUGAAAAAGAUAAAGAUGGAAAAACUGCUCUUCAUUAUGCAACAUGGAAUAAUAAUAAAGAAACAGUUGAACUUCUUCUUUCAUAUGGUGCAAAUAUCAACGAAAAAGAUAAAGUUGGAAAAACUGCUCUUCAUUAUGCAACAUGGAAUAAUAAUAAAGAAACAGUUGAACUUCUUUCACAUGGUGCAAAAAAUAAAUGUUCCAACAUAUAA